ACAUGAACUGUCCUUUUAUCAUUAUGAACAAUAAGGAAAAAAAAGCGACUAAAGUUUGCUUAAUCAAAAGGAUACUAUCAAGAUGGUUGUGGCCUCACAAGUGAUUUUCUGUAAAAUCAUACGACCCAGAUUCAGCAAUAUAUUUUUUAAAUUGUCUUUCUACAGGGGUAGUGAUCGGUGGGGUGGGGAACCUCCUUUACCAUCAUUUAGUUUACUGUGGGUCUUUGAAGAGGAGUAAGCAUAUGCUACAAUUAGAAAACAUAGCUCUUGUUGUUUAGCUUUAAUAAUCCAAAUGAGCAGUGUGAUUUAUUUAAGGUGCACUGGAAAAGCAGAAUCACAAGCUGCUUCCUUUCAUGAUUGUGCACCUACCAGAACUGUGAAUACUGUUUGCUUUGUUCCUGUAAUUCAUGCCUGUUCUCAAAGGCUAAGAUUACAUAAUACUAAAGAAAAAUGGCUGCUUUGGUUGGCAUUCUAAAACUAAGGAACGAUGAGUUCAUUUUAUACUAAAAACUGCAUGUAAAAUAGACCAUAACAUUUAUUUUUUGUUUUCAGGUACAUCAAAAUCAUGGAGGGGCUCUUGCAUUACAUAAAUCCAGCACAUGCCAUUUCACUCUUAAGUGCUUUGAACGAGGAGCGUCUAAAAGGACAGCUUUGUGAUGUUCUUCUUAUUGUGGGAGAUCAAAAAUUUCGAGCUCACAAAAAUGUUCUGGCUGCCAGCAGUGAGUACUUCCAGACACUGUUCACAAAUAAGGAGAAUGAGUCCCAAUCAGUGUUUCAGCUUGACUUCUGUGAACCAGAUGCUUUUGAUAAUGUAUUAAACUAUAUUUACUCUUCAUCCUUGUUUGUUGAGAAAAGCAGUCUUGCAGCUGUGCAAGAAUUGGGCUACAGUCUUGGAAUUUCCUUUCUUACUAACAUUGUUUCUAAGACUCCUCAAGCUCCUUUUCCAACAUGUCCCAUUAAGAAAAUAUUGUUUCAAGAGGAAGAAGAAAACAAUUCUCAGAAGAGAAGUGUCAUUGUUUGCCAGAGCAGAAAUGAAGCACAAGGGAAAAGUGUUAGUCAAACACACCAUGAUUUAAGCCAUACCUCUAAGCCUUCCUCCUCCUUUUCUGUUAAAACUAAUAGACAACAAAUUUCAAAACCAACUGAAGCAGUUCACAAUUUAUCAUUAGGUGAAAGAAUGUGGUUAAAAGAUAGUCCUGUGAGCUACCCCAAGCUUCCUGAACCUGGAAUUAUAGAUGAUCAAAGCAGAAGUAGCUUAGUGAAAAGGAAUGCAGUAUUGCCACAAAAGCCUUUAGCUGAGAAAGAAACUACAGCUGAUGAUCUAGGAGGGAGCAGUCAGCUUUUAAGAGGAAAACCUGCAGAAAUGUCCUUAAAAAGGCCUCGUCCUCCAGUUUUAUCACUCCAUGGCCCAUCGGAAUCUACGUUUUUGUUGAGGGAGACAGGAAAAGGAAAUGGUCAAGGAGAAGAUAGGAACUUGCUAUACUACUCAAAGUUAGGACUAGUGGUUCCAUCUAGUGGAUCUGGUCCUGAGAAUCAACGAAUUGAUAGGAGUGGCCCACUCGUAAAAAGUCUCCUUCGCAGGUCACUGUCUAUGGAUAGUCAGGUUCCUAUUUACUCACCUGCUGUUGAUUUAAAACCUUCCCAGGCAUCAUCGUCAUCAGUGACUAAUGACCCACAAGGGAAAACAUUCAACAUUGUAUCUCAGAAGUCAUCUCUGAAAGAGGCUCCAGAAAAAGCAGUCCUAGAUGAUAAGACACAGGUAAUACACCCACAUCGCCUUAGAUCCUUUAGUGCCUCUCAGUCCAUUGAUAGGGAGGCUGCUUCUCCUGUUCCUGAGGUACGAAUAAAAACUGAACCUAGCAGUCCACUUUCAGAUCCUUCUGAAAUAAUAAGAGUUACAGUGGGGGAUGCUUCAGCUUCUGCUAAUAAAAACCUCCCUUUUAAAACUGAAGAUGACCACAGGGACAUGAAUCAACUUCCAGCCAAAAGGAGAUGUCAAGCAGACAGAAGGUUACCACUUAAAAGAUUAAAACUGAAUGAGCAUGGUUCACCUGGGUCAGAGGAAAAUUUUGAAGAAGGCUCAAGUCCCCCACACCUUUAUGCUGAUUUUCCAGAUUCUGAUGUCAGUAAAGAUGAGUACAGUGAGCUAGAAGAAGCAAGACCAAAUAAAAAAUUUAAAUGCAAGCACUGCCUUAAGAUUUUCAGAUCUACAGCAGGCCUUCAUCGUCAUGUUAAUAUGUACCACAACCCAGAGAAACCAUAUGCUUGUGAUAUAUGCCACAAGAGAUUUCACACAAACUUCAAAGUGUGGACACAUUGCCAGACCCAGCAUGGAAUUGUGAAGAACCCCUCACCAGCUUCCAGUUCACAUGCUGUCUUGGAUGAAAAAUUCCAAAGAAAAUUAAUUGACAUAGUGAGAGAGAGGGAAAUUAAAAAAGCUCUGAUUGUUAAACUAAGACGUGGCAAACAAGGUUUUCAGGGACAGUCCACAUCGCAAGCACAACAAGUCAUCAAAAGGAACUUAAGAUCAAGAGCCAAAGGAGCCUACAUUUGCACCUACUGUGGGAAAGCUUAUCGUUUUCUCUCACAGUUUAAACAGCACAUAAAGAUGCAUCCAGGAGAAAAACCAAUAGGGGGGAGUAAGGCUCCUAAACAGAAAGAGCAUAUUCACAUUGAAAGCCCAGUGGAAAACAAAGAAAUGUACCAAUGCCGUCUUUGCAAUGCAAAGCUCUCCUCUCUUAUUGAACAGGGAAAUCACGAGCGACUCUGUAGAAAUGCAACAGUUUGUCCUUAUUGCAGCCUUAGGUUUUCUUCUGCAGAGCUGAAGCAGGAACAUGAAAGCAAGUGUGAGUAUAAGAAGCUCACUUGUCUUGAGUGUAUGCGCACUUUUAAAUCAUCCUUUAGUAUUUGGCGUCAUCAAGUUGAAGUUCACAAUCAAAAUACAAUGGCCCCAACAGAGAAUUUUUCUUUACCGAUUCUUGAUCACAAUGGUGAAAUAACUAGUGCUUCAAGACUGCAUUCUCAGUCGGAACCUAACAAAGCAAACAAUUUUGUUACUGCAAAGGAAGAUGGAGUAUUCAGUGAUUCUUCAGAACAAAUUAAUUUUGAUUCAGAGGAUUCAUCAUGCCUCCCUGAAGACCUAAGUGUUUCCAAACAGUUUAAAAUUCAAAUCAAAGAAGAACCUGUAGAUGACAUAGAAGAUGAGGUCACUGAAAUGAACAGGGAAACUAAAGAGGUUGUCUCUAACAAAGAUACUGGCUUGUGGCCCUGUGAAAAAUGUGGGAAAAUAUUUACUGUACACAAGCAGCUGGAACGUCACCAAGAGCUUUUAUGCUCUGUAAAACCAUUUAUUUGUCAUGUGUGCAACAAGGCCUUCCGAACCAACUUCCGCCUGUGGAGUCACUUCCAGUCUCAUAUGUCGCAGGCCUCAGAAGAAUCUGUUAACAAAGAGACUGAGAUCUGUCAACCAGCUAACUCUCCAUCACCACCACCUUUGCCACCGCCUCCACCUCUACCCAAAAUCCAGCCCUUGGAGCCUGAUAGUCCAACAGGUUUGUCUGAAAGCUCCACUACUACUGAGAAACUAUUUGUUCCACAAGAAUCGGACACACUCUUUUAUCACGCUCCACCGCUUUCAGCCAUCACAUUCAAAAGACAGUAUAUGUGUAAACUUUGUCACAGGACAUUCAAGACAGCUUUUAGUCUUUGGAGCCAUGAACAGACACACAAUUAGAAAGCUAGAGACCUUCAACAGGUAGCUUAAAAAGCUGGUUAAAUGGAGACCAUUUCCAGGCUAUUUCAGAAGUAUGCCAUGUAAACUAGAAAUCUAAGGGGACAAGAAACAUCAAAAGAGUAAAGUUGGAAUUUGUGAUGCUGCUUGGAUUUGAAGAUUAAGGUAAACUAACUUUAAUGUUAGUAAAUAGAAAUCUAAUUUAAAUAUUGUGGUCUGGGAUCUUAUAGUAACAGAAUAAUUUAAUUUCAUUAAUACUGAAAUAUGAUCACAUCUUGAUUGUAUGCAUGGAUCCUUAUCCUGUGGUGUCAGUAUAUAUAAAUGUAUAUUAAAAACAGAAAAAGCAACAACUUCGAUUCUAGCUGAGUUUAUAGUAGUGAAAUACUGUAAGAAACUUCUUGUUUUGAGUAUAACAAACACAUGAGCUCCAUAUAAAGAUUAGCCAUGCCCUUGAAGACAGGGAAGAAGUGGAUGGAGUAUUUUGCUGUUUUGACUUAGAUCUUAGUAAUCUUUAGCAAUAACUAAUAAACCUCAAGUUUGAGUUUCCCUGACACUUAUUGGAAAUGAAUGUUUGGUAUUUUAUGGUAGUGUGGAGUUGUUUUAUUAUUAUAUGGAACUUGUGCAAAAUAAAAUGGAGUAUAAGAUCAGCAAUAUUAAUACUUAGAUUUUAUAAAACAAAAAAGUAGCAGCAAGCCUGGUUUCAGCCAUUUAAUUGUAAGUUUAUAAGGAAGACUAUGGGUAAAAAUACACUGUCUAUAAAACACCCCAAAGGUAAUUUACUAUAGGCAUUUUGGUAACUCUAGUGUUAAAGCAGUCUCAAAAUGCAAACAACAGUACUGUGUAUAAAUAUGGACUAACACUGAAUGGAUGUCAGGCAGUUUCACAGUUUUGUUUCCACUGGUUUGUAUAGUUGUGUAAUUCUAACUACAUAGGAUGUAUGAAUAUAUAGACUUAAAAAGUGGAAGCUUGUUGGGGGUAGAGGAUAUGAGCAAAAUUGUCAUGUGUGGCAGCAGUAGGUUUGGCUGUGAGUACAAAAACAUGGUUUUGAGGAAAAUUCAAAUGUAAAUAUUUACAUAGCCACCUGUAUAAAUUAAUGAAGUAUGUUUUUUGAAAUUUGUAUGAAACAUGCAUAUCUAGUUCAAAGCAGAGGAAAAAAGCACCACACUACAAUUGUUACAUUUUUAUAACUACAGUGUAUAGAAUGUUUUUUCUGCCGCUUUCUAUUCUUUGUGAUACUUUUUGUGUUGGAUUUUUUUUAGUUUGUUCAAGAUCAUAGUAAUAAUGGUUAAUAAGUGUGGUACCAUUCAGUUGCUUGAAGUUGCAACUGGAAGAGUUGGCAUCAUUGGUACUGGAGAUAUUUGCCAGAAACCUUGUCAAGGGUCCAAAGUUAUUUUACUACCCACUUUUGGUGAUAGGUUUCUCUCAUUUGGGAGCUCAGUGCAAAUAGUUUUCCUGCUGUUGGAAUUUUAAAUCUAGUGCAGUGAGAAUGGAUUAAAAUGAACUGUAGGAAUGUAAAUGCUACAAACAGUAGUUACAAGGAUCCACUUUGGAUCUGGCCAACUUCACCUGGGAAAACAAAAGAGAGAGUAUUGCAUUUAGCCCUAUGUGAUGAGGACCCAGUCCUGCAUUCAGUGAGGUCAAAUUGGAGUUUUGUAACUGACUUCAGUGGGAGCAGGAUCAAGCCUUUAAUCCUGUUAAAUUCAGUUUAUACACUCCUUCAGCUUCUAGAACUCUUUGAGAAGUCCCAGGGAAUGCAGCUUGACGUGCUAAUAGAAAAAGUUUGGACUACGGUGAAAAUUUUGAAAGUUCAGGAUCUGAAUCUGAGCAAGGUUAAGCACAGGCUAAACUCUAAGCAUCUGAGCAGGCCCUUUGACUGAAAUGGCUUCCUCAAUCAAAACCAGCUUUUGUCAUCUUUUAAGUUUUGUUUUAAUUUCAUUGCAAAGUGGUACAAUAUGGCAUUCAUACUUUCAACUACCAGCAAUUUUCACUAAUUAGCUACAGAGUUUUUCACUGUGAUGCAGUGGGUUAAAAUUUAAAACUAUUUUUAAAUGCAAAUGCCUACAUUUGCACCUGCUUGUAGUGUGCUUUGUCCUUAAACAAGCAUCUCAUGUGAAAAUGUGAUCAUACUAAUCUGAUAGAGUAUGCCAGCAUCUUAGAUGAAAAUAUGCAAUCAAAACAAGAGUCUUACUUCUGUCUUUUAAAAAUGACACUUCUUCUUGUGACUUAUUCCAUCUCAUAAAAAUAAACUAUUUAAAUAGCUUCAUCAUAAAAUAGUAAUUAUGCUUAACCUUGCUCAUUUAACAAUAUCAGGAUGAAAUAAAGCCAUGUUAAGUACAUGAAACAUCUUUUAGAAGGAGAAAUAUGUGUGGACAAAAUGUGAAAACACAGUUUCUAAAAUGGUGCCCAAGUUUUCACUGGUGAUUCCCCUAAAAUAGUGUAUUUCCUAAUUAGUUUGUUGACAGUCUGCCUAGCCAUCUAAAUAUACCCUUCUAAGACAAUAUGAUGACCAGUUCAAAUCUGAAAUAUUUAUAUAAUUUUCAUCUGGAAUGUAAUUCUAAUGCAUUUUAGCAUAACGUAAUAACAAAUACAACAUACUUAAAACAAUUUGUUCUAUGUUUGUGAAGAAACCAUGGGGUUUUUUCCUCAAAUAUAAUACAAAUUGUAAAAUCAGUAAAAAGAUUUUGAUGAUCUAAAUAGUCUCCUUUAAAGUUUGUGUUAGAUUAUUUUUUUAAACUCUGUUUCGAAUUUUGAACUCUGUUUUUUAAAUUCCUGUUUGUUUUUCGGUAAAGGAAUACAGGAUCUCUAAAUAAAAUUUUAAAUAUGAGAUGUUUAUAUAGCAGUUCUGGUUUUCUAUUAGCUUUUAUACAGUACCUUAAAAAACCCUGGGACAGAUGUGUUUAUUUUGGAAGAUACGGAAUAGAUAUGCUUCCAUUCAUGUAACGUUAAUAUAUAUUAGAAAAGUUAAAUUAUGAAAUAAAAUGUUAGUUGCUUAUUAUAAAUAAAAGUCUUUUAAAGAAUAUGCCUAGUUGGCCAUAACCAGAAUAAAAGGUAACAUAUUGAUGCAAAAAAACCUGUCUUCAUAUUUUAAUGUUGCAACUGUGUGACUUGGAUACUAAAGCACACAUUUAAAAGGUUAGAAGCUUUGGGUUUUUGCCUGAUUAUUUAAUAUAAGUUAAUUUGACUUCCUUCAGACUUUGAGAUUUCUUGUUCUUUUUUGUAUGGCAUCAUGACAAAUAUGCAGAUUUUUUAAUAUAUAAAUCAGAGUUUUAAUUCUCUCUAUCGGUUUUAUCAUCUUGAUUAGUUUUAUCAUCUGUCAGUAUAAUUUAACAGGCAGUGCCCCAUCCUGUUCCAACUGAAAUCCUGUGAUAAAACUCCUAUUUAUUUUACCGGGAACAGGAUUAGGCCAUGAACUAAACUUAGUUUAUUUUAGGCACUGAUUCGCCAAAGCACUUUAGGCACAUGCUCAUGUUCCAUGAAGCCAAAAGGCCUUAAACACAUAUUUAACUUUAAGCAUGUGCUUAAAUGCUGUGUUGAAUUGAGGCCAUGACCAAUCUUUUAAAGUAAGCAAUGGAAAAAAAAAUAACAUAUGAUCUUUAGAAUGGUAGAACCAAAUGUUUUUAAAUUUAAUGUUCCUUUGAAGAGAGGUUAUGUAUGCAAUGUUACCAAAAUAUACAGAGGACAUGUAACAGUAGUGCUGCUGUCUCUGCUUUUGUACUUUCUUUACAUGAAAGAAGACUAACAGUUUAACUUCAGAGGUUGUAAUCUGCUGAAGCAAUGGAUGACAGGUAACUUGUCUAUCUUAUUCAGAACACAAUUAUAGCCUUAUAAACCUCCAGGGAACCAAAAUAUAGAGCUGUAAGAGACCUGAUCCUGCAUUUCCCUCUUGGACAUGGAUAUUCGUGAAAAUUCCUCCCUCUCAAGCAGGGAAUGCAGGUUUGGUCCCGAGCUGUGUUUGUACUGUUUUUGCCCCACCUUCCACUUUCACAACUGGAAGUUCCUCAUGUGGGACAAAGAUAGACUAUAGCCCUGACUUCCUGGCACUAGAAGUUAUGGUGCAAAUAUCUGGCAUGUGCCUAUAAAAUCUGGCAUGUGCCUAUGCUGUUCAGUAAAACUGUUUACAUUUUCCUACCAGAAGAUCUAAAUGAAAAUCAAAGCAAGUUUUGAUUUUAUUUUUUUUUUUUUUUUUUUUUUUUUUUUUUUUUACGUUGCUGUUAGUGAAUCAGUGUUAAAAACCUUUUGUUGAAAGCAGCCUUGAUAGUAUUUGGGGUUUAAAAUGUCUUACUGAUUCUUGUUUGUUUAAAAUGACUUGUGAAAAAAUGUACUAUAACUGUUGUACAUUAAGGGACACUAUCAAGAUAAAAUCAUAAUAUAAAAGUCAUUACCUGUGUUACUAACGUUAUUUGAUAGUUUAAUAAAAGUGAAAUAAUUAAAAAAACCAAAAAUGUUUUUAGCAUUUAAGCUGUGUAGACAUGAAAAUUCCAUAUAAAGGCAUCUUCAAACUUGGCUUGAUGUCUAAAAUAUGGAUCUGAGUUUUGUGGCUUGGACUCUUGUAUUUGUUUCGCUUUUCACUAUUCUAGAGCUGUUAAA